AUGGCGAUAACAGCGAAACGGCCUGCGGCUGCCAAAACUUCUCGCCAUAAGAAAAAGUACUGGAGAAAAGGAGUCAACGUCGAUGACAUUGAAGACUCCAUUGGUUUGAAUCCGAUUAAAGGGUUAUUACUAAAUUCAGUUCUUCAGCCUCAAUCAGCCAGCAAAAGGCCGCCGGUGGACUCAUUGCCGAUUUCUCCGACGAGCAGCUUUUCAGCGUUCGUUUCAUACAAAUUCCUUCGCUGAAGCUGUAGAAGCUGUCAAUAUAUCAUUCUCAGAUCGACCGCUCUCCAGCCAAGACUCUGAAGAAAGUCACGAAGAGGCAGCAAGCCGCUCUUGACAAGAUUACCCGAUCCAUCGAGUCUGUUUUUGUUCCUUUUUCUCCCUAAAUAGUGAGACAUUUUGUACAUAAAAAAAUGUAAAUUUUUAGUGGUUUUUUUCAGGAAAAGUCUAGAAACAUGUUUUGAGUUAGGGUACGGUUAGGGAUUAUAAGUUUAAAAUGGAAGACAAUAAUAAAAUUUUCUAACUGUUAAAAGUUGAGAACAAAAUAAGUUUAAAAAAAGGGAAGUUGUUGAAUUUUUUCGAACUGUUUUUUCUCUUAAGUCUUACACAUCAAAUCGAACAUUUUCACCUGAAUUCCCUUUCAACGUUCCAACAUCUCGAAAUUUCUAGCUUGGACCUCGACGUCUCGUUGCCAAAGCCAAAAGCGCCGUCGAAAAAGUCGGUAGCGAAGUUGCCCCGUGGGAACGCCAUCAAACAGCGACAGGAGAAAAUUCUGCGCGGGAAGACGGCGCCGGCCAAAAAUGCAUCAUCUGUUGACCUCUGGCAGAAAGGUUUUCAGUUCAAUGAAGCAGCAAACGACGACUUUAUUCGACUUUCAGAUUUCACGCCAAAAGUGAAUCUUGAUAUUCCUCAAGCGGCCGAACAUUUCCUGCGUUAUACGAAGAAAAAGGUAUUUUUGAUAUGGAUUUUGCUUUUCGGCAUAGAAAUCACAUCUUAUGUUUUUAUGAUUUUCAACUCGUUUUCAUGGGUUUUCUAAAAAAAAUUUUGCUGUUGAGCAUGAUGUUGCCCUUAUGUUUGUCGCGAUUUUCAACUUGAAAGGAAAAUUUCUGAUUUAAAAGAAGAGUUUUCAAUCAAACUCAUUUUUGACGGCCGUCUGACAAUUUGGAAGAAAGAGCGGAAAGUUCGUAGAAUUCUCCUUGCAGAUGCCGAACACGCCAGCGAAAAAGUUGACUAGUCUGCUGCCGGCGGUGAAUGUGCCGUCAGGCGGAGCGUCGUACAACCCGGAGGCCGGCGAGUAUCUCGACUACGUCAACAAGAUCGCAGCCGACGAGGAGAAAGUCGUGGCGAACGAGAAGAAAAUUCAGGCUGGAGUCAGGCCAAAACACGAGAAAAUGGUCACCAAUGUAAGUCGAGAUCAUCGUUUUUGGAUACUGUAUCCAAAACAGGAGACGAAUUUUCCUAGAGGAAUUGAAGAAAAAAAAAUGUAUUCGAGACGAAAUCUUUUUUUCCCCGUUCUCAAUAACUUUUACAGUGUAAACAUUCCAAUUACUUUCUACUUUUUGCUGUUUCCAGAAAAUCAAAAUUUUGGUUUUCCUAACUACGAAAUUUUGAAUCUAAUUAUUUUUCUCUGUAGAAUCCGAGUUUCAGGGCGAGGUUGCGAUGGAACUGACUGAGGGACUCCCGAUCGAUCCCCGGUACAAGCCCGCAGAGGAAGAAGAAGAAGAAGUCGUUGAGAAGGAUUCAGCCGAAAGUCCAGAAGAAAAGAAAGGUUCUCUUUCAGAUUUUCAACCCGUUUCAAUAUUCAUCGUUGAGAAUUGCCCAAAACGUUGACGAAGAAGCAGAAAGCGCGCGCCGCCGAACUCGCCAAAGAGGAGAAAGAACGGCUGGAAAAGAAGGCCAAGAUGCUCGAUGAACAGAAUAUUUUCAAGUCCGUUUUCCUGGAAAUUUUGGAAAAUUUCGAGAAAUUACCUUCAGAUCCAAGCAAAUAAACAAGGAACUGGCCGCUGAGGAGGCCGAACGUGAUAAGGAGGCCCAGGAGCGAAAAACUAGAAAAGUUAUGAACAAGGUGAUUUUGUACUUUAUCCAGGGAUGUUGAUUCUUAUCGAUAUUUUCCAGCUAACGAAGCGCCAACGGCUCGGACGCGGAAAGUUCCAGGAAGAAGAGGAACCUUUCUUGCUUCAGGUAGUUCUUUUCACCCUAGCACAGCGCAAUAUCUUCCAAAGCAGCUUGAAGGAUCAAUCAUUCUCAAAAUCAGUACAAGUUCAAGUUUUCAACUGAACCUGGAAAAAAGACCAUUCAGGAGUAUCAAAAAGAUGUGCUGUACCACUUUCAGAAUGGAUAUUUCAAUUUUUCGUUUAUUGGAAAGUUCACAUGGACUUCACAGUUUGAUUCUCUAGUUAGUUUAGAAUCGAAACUAAAAGUUUGACGAACAUCCAAUUUAUAAUUUUGCUUGUGCCUUGGAUCUUUUUUUCAAAAAAAAGAGUCAAAUCUACUUUCUUAUGAAAGAUCAACUUAUGUCACGAAUGGGGCAUCGAUAGGAAGAAUAAACGGACUCGGAAGGAAAAGUUUAAAAUAAUAUUGUUUAUUAUCUCAAUUCAAAUCGAUCCACAUCAUCACGGGCAGAAAGAAUGUCUUCCAUAUUUUUUUCUUUCCUCGAGUUGAUCUUUCAUUUUAAUUAAAGAAUCUUCAAAUUAACCGUGAUUUUCAAAGGACAAGCUAUCAAGUUCAUAAAGUUAUUCGGAAAAAGUGAUUUUCAAUCUAAAGUUGAACCAAAAAAAUUUGGAGAAUGUUUUAUUUCACUGGACAAUGUAAUUAUUGAUUUAAAAUACCCUUUAUUCAUGAAUACGGAGAAACUAUGUCAUUUCUUGACCAGAUCUGCGUCCUCAUUCGGAAAAACGUUGAAUUGAAGCUCAAUGAAAGUUUGUAGAAGGAAUUGUUUCACGGACAAGGUUUUUCAGGAAGAGCUGACGGGGUCUCUUCGACAGGUGAAACCGCAGGGAAGCAUCCUCGAAGACCGUGUGAAGAGUAUGCAACUCCGAAACAUCCUUCCUAUCGCUGGCGACAAGAACAAGCGGAAAUUGAAGAAGAGUUUGAAGGUAUGUCUUUUCAUCUUCGAAUUUGGCAAAUAGCUCUGCCUUUAGUUUUUUUAUACUUAAGUUCCGUUUAUCGUGGCUCUAAUUUUUUUGAAGAAAAAUUCGAAAAAAAAACCACAAGAUAGUUUGAAAACUAUAUAAUCAAAAAGAAGCAAAAGCUGAUUAUGUAAAAAAAAAAAUUAUACUUGAAAAAUCAUACACUGUUAUACAUUGCGAAAGCUUUAUAAAAUGGCAUCAUUGUCGUCUUUUUGUGGAAUUACUUCAUGAAACUUAGAAUAGUCCUUCUGAAAAAAUGUUCAGGUAUACCGGGUAAAACAUCGUACUUGUAGCUUCAACUCGUUUGAAGUGUCCUCAAUCUAAAAAAUUAUUUAUUCAUUAUUUUUCUUUUAGAUCGAUAAAUCAUUAUCUUCAUUCGUAUGGUUUUAAAUAUGUUUUUCUUUGUGUGAAAAUAGCUAAAGUUUCGAAUAUUUCGUAAUCUGAUAUGAUAAUUACAUAACUAAUACUUUCCGGAAAUCCAGCUUACUAUUUCCAGGCCAAAGUAAUCGAGAAGCGCUCCGUGAGAGAUGUGAAGAAAGGCAGUCGGGUCAUUUGA